AAUUACAACUCUAGUUCUCUCGCUAACAAUUGAAAAGGGCAAACAUCAAAAGGGUUUAAGCGAUCUGCAGUGCAGAGUAGAAGAAAGAAGAGAAUCCAGUAAAUUCGAGAAUGGUGGGAACAAACUUGAAGGCAGAAACAUCCUCGCUAAUGGACAAACGGAGCGCGUUAGAGUCCGAAAUGAACUCCAUCAUCGCCCGUCUUUCUCAACCCGGUGCCCCCGGCCUCUCCGGCAACCUCCUUGAUUCCGAGGGUUUUCCUCGUUCCGAUAUCGAUGUUCCAGUUGUUAGAGCCGAACGACGUCGUCUUGCAGAGCUGCGUAAUGAUUACACGGAGAUAACUAAAAAGAUUGAUCAAAAUGUACAAAUUUUGCUUGCACCAAGACCAGGAAAGAAUAUAUCAGACAAUGAUCAUGACUCAGGCACACAGACCUCAUCAACUGUAGAGGCUGUUGCAUCAGCACCAUCACAGAAUGCCCUUCCGAGUCUUCCCCCCAACUCGAUGGAUGUGGAUGUCUUGGUUAGUCGACCCUUUGCAGUGGUGGACGAGAUAUCAGAUGCAUCACCAGCAGUAGAGGAUGGCUUACAACUUGGAGAUCAAAUUUUGAAAUUUGGCAAUGUUGAAGCGGGUGAAAAUUUGCUCCCGAGGUUGGCUUCUGAGUCCCAGUCAAACAUGGGUCAAGCAGUGCCUGUUGUCAUUAUGAGGCAAGGCACAGUGAUCAACUUAACUAUCACACCUAGAACUUGGCCAGGCAGAGGUUUACUCGGAUGUCAUUUUCGGAUCUUGUAGAUACUGUGAUCUGUUCAUCUCGGAAUAUUGGUGACAGUUUGCUUCUUCUGUGGACUCAGUGUGAAGUUUCUUACCUUUGAAACUUGUCUCUGCACGACUUUGUUUGAUUGUAAUAGAUAGUAACAGUGACUUUUGAUUAUGGCGGUUAAUUAACUUAGUUAAGUGCUAUAUAACCCUUCUUUUUAUUGUCUU